CUGUGUUCUCAGCUUCGAGGUCCAGGCUGAGUGAGAGGAGCUCGGGCGGCUCCAGGCACUUCUUCCCUUGAGUGGGUGGACUAUUGAGGUCCCCUGGGCACGGCGUCAUGGUGCGGAACGUGGAUGACCUGGAUUUCCACCUGCCCUCGCAUGCCCAGGACAUGCUGGACGGCCUGCAGCGGCUGCGCUCUCAGCCCAAGCUGGCGGAUGUCACGCUGCUGGUGGGCGGCCGGGAGCUGCCAUGCCACCGCGGCCUCCUGGCGCUCAGCAGCCCCUACUUCCAUGCCAUGUUUGCCGGUGACUUCGCCGAGAGCUUCUCUGCGCGCGUGGAGCUGCGGGACGUGGAGCCAGCUGUGGUGGGGCAACUGGUGGACUUCGUAUACACAGGCCGGCUGACCAUCACCCAGGGCAAUGUGGAGGCACUGACACGCACGGCUGCGCGCCUGCACUUCCCCUCGGUGCAGAAGGUCUGCGGCCGCUACCUGCAGCAGCAACUGGAUGCUGCCAACUGCCUGGGCAUCUGUGAGUUUGGGGAGCAGCAAGGGCUGCUGGGCGUGGCUGCCAAGGCCUGGGCCUUCCUGCGAGAGAACUUUGAGGCUGUGGCACGUGAGGACGAGUUCCUGCAGCUUCCUCGAGACCGGCUGGUCACUUGUCUGGCCAGCGACCUGCUGCAGGUGCAACCAGAGCAAAGCCGACUUGAGGCCCUGCUGCGCUGGGUGCGCCACGACCCGCGGGCCCGGGCUGCCCACCUGCCCGAGCUGCUCAGCCUAGUGCACCUGGACGCCGUGCCCAGGCCCUGCGUGCAGCAACUGCUGGCCUCAGAGCCCCUGAUCCAGGAGUCAGAGGCAUGCCGGGCAGCCCUGUCCCGGGGCCAUGAUGGGGCACCACUUGCCCUCCAGCAGAAGCUGGAGGAGGUCCUGGUGGUAGUGGGCGGGCAGGCGCUGGAGGAGGAUGAGGCAGGUGAGGAGCCCACCCCCCGCCUUGGGAACUUCGCCUUCUACAACAGCAAGGCCAAGAGGUGGAUGGCACUUCCAGACUUCCCCGACUACCACAAGUGGGGUUUCUCCCUGGCGGCCCUGAACAACAACAUCUAUGUCACAGGUGGCUCUCGGGGCACAAAGACAGACACCUGGUCAACCACCCAGGCCUGGUGCUUCCCCCUGAAGGAGGCCUCCUGGAAACCCGUGGCGCCCAUGCUGAAGCCCCGUACCAACCACGCCAGCGCGGCCCUCAAUGGGGAGAUCUACGUCAUCGGCGGCACCACCCUGGACGUGGUGGAGGUGGAGAGCUACGACCCCUACACGGACAGCUGGACACCCAUCAGCCCGGCCCUCAAAUACGUCAGCAACUUCUCGGCCGCCGGCUGCCGGGGCCGGCUGUACCUGGUGGGCUCCAGCGCCUGCAAGUACAACGCCCUGGCCCUGCAGUGUUACAACCCUGCCACAGAUGCGUGGAGUGUGAUCGCCUCACCCUUCCUGCCCAAGUACCUGUCCUCGCCACGCUGUGCCGCCCUGCACGGGGAGCUCUACCUCAUCGGGGACAACACCAAGAAGGUCUACGUGUAUGACCCCGGGGCCAACCUGUGGCAGAAGGUGCAGUCCCAGCACAGCCUGCAUGAGAACGGCGCGCUGGUGCCACUGGGUGAUGCGCUGUACGUGACAGGCGGCCGCUGGCAGGGCAUGGAAGGUGACUACCACGUGGAGAUGGAGGCCUACGACACAGUUCGGGACACCUGGACCCGCCAUGGCGCCCUGCCCCGGCUCUGGCUUUACCACGGGGCCUCCACCGUCUUCCUGGAUGUCUCCAAGUGGACCCAGCCCUUCAGCCCCACCCAGGAGCACUAAACCAGGGCCGGGCUCCCCGGGGAAGGGUCCCCACAGCGGCCCCUCAUCACCCUGUGGAACGGCCCCUU